AUGUCUCUGCCAAGCUCCUUCAUCAUCGUCGGCUCGGGCGUGUUUGGCCUCUCAACGGCCUACGCCCUCUCCCUGCACCCACAGUUCGCUACCACAAAAAUAACCCUAAUAGACCGCUGGGACUUUGAACCCCACACUCCAACCAUAUCCCUCCACAAUCCCUCUUCCUCAAACGCUGACACCACCCGCGUCAUCCGCCGCGACUACCCGCACGGCCCCUAUGCCUCUCUUGCCGCUGAAGCCAUGACCCACUGGCGCGGCAGGUUCGGCGCAGACCAGCGAUACGUUCACCAACGGCUGCUCUUUUCGGGGGAAGGGUCGAGUCUCUCGAUCCCGGAAUUGAAGAAGGGUGAGACGGUGAAUUAUAUCAAGAAGGCUUAUGAGAUUAGUUGUGCGAUGACAAGCGGUGGGAAGGAUGUUAUCCGAGUGGUUGAUUCGUUGGAUGAGAUUAGAGGGCUGCUGGGGAAUACGCCUACUAGGCCAGUGCAUUUCCCGGAGACAGUGGAUGCUCACGCCAACGGGUUGAGGGGGUAUAUCUCCGAGGACUGUGGGUGGGCGGAUGCGGGGCGGAGCAUUGAGUGGUUGAGGCAGGAGGUGCGGCGGCUGGGGAAGGUGGAGUUCGUCGUUGGGCAGGUUGAAGACCUGGUGUACAGCGAGGAUAAGGCGGAGGUCAAGGGGGUGAAGUUAGGGGAUGGACGUGUGCUCACGGCCGACGUGACGGUCGUAGCAGCAGGGGCGCGCUCCUCGCAGCUGCUGAACGUGCCGAAGCUGUGCGACGUGUACAGUGAGUUUGUGGCCUAUAUCCAGCUCACGGAUGCCGAGGCCGAUGAGCUCCGCCGCCGGAACUGGCCGAUCCUGGUCAACUGCCACCGGGGUGUGUUCGCCGUGGGGCCAGACCACGAGAAUUGCCUGAAGUUCGGGCAUUUCAGUUAUAGCGGGAUUGCAGAUGUGCUCAAGGAGGCCGGGAUUGAUGUCCCCACGAGGCCCGACGGCUGGGAAGCGCAGCAGAAAUACUGGAGCGACCCGCGCUUCGGGUUCGGUGGAGACGUCCAGAUCACCCCUCUAGGCGACCUAGACGACUACGAGCGCGCCGCCGCACAGCGCGCACUCGCCGAUUACCGACUCUUCCUGCUAGAGCUCCUGGGCCCGACGGGGUUCCAAGGCGUCGACGCGCCGUCCUUGGGCGGCUCAGAUAUCCUGCUGAACCAUAUCGCCAAUCGGCCCUUCACGCGGGUGCGCAAGUGCUGGUAUAAUGAUACGCCGGCGUUGGAUUUUGUGGUGGAUUAUCAUCCGCGGUAUGGGAAGAGUCUGUUUGUGGCCACAGGUGGGUGUGAUCAUGCGUUCAAGUUUCUGCCGAUUAUUGGGGAGAAGGUGGUUGCAUUGCUGCUGCGGAAUCGGGGGUAUGCUGGGGGUUUGUUGCCGGAGGGGGUUGAACCCUCGUUAGAGGAGCUUGCGGAGCUGUGGCGGUUCUCACGGGAGCUGUUGCGGGAGCAGGGGAGCUCAGAGAGGGCAAAGCUUUAA